AUGUCGGAUGCAGAAGGUGCUGACGCAGAAGUGCGCUCUGAAGAGGAGAACCAAGGGCCUGAACCAAUCAAGAUCUUUCGAGUUACGGCUGUGUCGGGGCCAUCUUUGAAGAGCCCUUGGCUUCCUGAUGUUCAAAGCGUUGAGGGUGUCGAGUACAUUCGGCUGGCCAAAUGGUCGCCGCAGCUGACCAAAUUGUGCACAGGUCGCACAAAGCAGUUGCACAACAAGAAGGAACAGCACCACAUGAAUGUUCAAUGGUUUCAGAAAACUACUCAGCUUCGCCGAGAAGCAUGCGACGCAGCUGUGAAAAAGAUGAUUCUUGAGAAUGUGCCCGCCAACAUGCAGCCUCCUGCCAAGAUCAGACGAGCAAUCCAGCAGGAUGAGUUUCUGGUCGGGCGAUCCAUCCUUGUGAACAUGCCGGCGCUUUCUGAUGAAUGGCCAGAGCGUGCCAUCAGGUUUCUUUGGGGCGUGAAAGGCACAGAUUUGUUCAUGGAAUUGACUGUUGACAACCUAUCAUAUGUUCGACAAGCCAUCAUGAUAUCGCCAAAGGUUGAACCUAAAGAAGAUUCCGCUGUCAAGUCACCAAAGAGAAAGAAGAGAAAACGCCUGCACUCAAUGAGCCCCAAGAAGAGUGAAGAAGACCGUAAUCUUGAAGAUCCAAUGACUCCAUCAUGA